CCAUUUUACGUCCGCACGUCCAUGGACAUGAAAUGGACGUCCAUCGUAUGUCCAAUUUUGGACGUCCAUUAAUGGUCCAUUUUUAAACGUCCAUAGGACAUUCGAUCUCGGCAUUAAUCGGGAAGUGCGUCAUUAGCGUGCAGCCAAAUGACUAUGAACGUUAAGUGCAUGAUUCUUUACCUAUAUCCUUUUGUCAAGUAAGCCAAGUCUAGUACUCAUGUCUGUUACAUGACUGUGGCUUUAUUCUGAUAUGCAUUUUGCUAGUACUGAAAAUCUAUAAUUUACGUUUAUAUUUUAUAGACUUUUAGUACAGGCAUUGUAUUUCGGAACACGGGCUGAAUUUACUCCUUCAUAGUCGCGCAUGCGCAAGAAAAACCGGCCCUUGAUCAUCACUGGUCUCAUAGAAAAGUUCUAUGACUGGUCUCGCCAGUAUCGUCUCAUCGAGAAAUCGGCAACCGCCUUUGUGCUUGUGACUUAAUCGUGUUCUAAAUUUCGUUCUACGUUUUUUUGAUAGCAAUUUUCCAUUUAUUGUUAUAAAACAGCGAACAUUUCAGCAUUUUACAAUCUAGGCUGCUCGUGAAUUCCGGAUCUCUCUACGUGCAACUUCUUCGGAUCUUAAUUGAAGAGAAUUACAUGGAUUGAAAUAGAUUUUCAUGGCUAAGAAGAUCAACACUUGACGCAAAAUGGCCAAACCGACGUGGACAAUUAUUAAAUUUACAGCAGAUAACACUGUUGAAGCAGUACCAUCAACUUGGAUAGAACAUAGCAAAUGUUAUUGGCCUCCAUUUAAAUAUGAACAAAUUAUCGCUGCAAUUAGAAAAAACGUAGAACGAAAUACAUGUUGGCCAUCUUAUGAUAUCAUUACGUUUCGGAACAGCACAUAUGAUGACUAUAAUGUGGCAAGACAAAAAACAAAAAAGGCUGAAUGUACAUCCGAUUUAAACUCAGAAGUUGAGGAUACAAAAAGAAAAAGGACAAGAAAUCCGUUGUUUGUGAGUGACACCUGCAGUGAUAGCGAUCAGGAAAACAACGCUCCGACAAAACAGAAACACGUUAAAGAGAACAAAGUGGUGAAAAAAAAGAUUAGGACUGCAGACUCUAGUGAAGAGUCUGACGAGUCUGAAAGCACUCUUCCAAAACCUCCGCAAAUAACAGAAUCUAUUAAUAUUAAGAAGAGUUUAAACGUAAGCACGAAUGGAGUAACCGGACAAAAUUUAAUUACCAAAGUUAGCGAACAAACACCAAGUACAUCAACGUGUAAUUUACUAAAUAGCAAUUAUGAUGUAUGCGACACACAGAUAAAUUUGAAUAAUGUUUUCCCCGCAACCACUCCAGAUGAUGGCUGUAAUGCAAACUAUUUCAAAGAAAUUAUUCGCCAGCAAGGCUACUUUCGAACUCAGUUGUGGCAGAUAGUAGACGAUUUGAGAGAAAUGAAAAAUGUCAUAACCGGUUUAAAUCUGCGGCAAGAUCAGGAUAACAACCAACAGCAGGAUAUAAGAUCUAUUUAUUCUUCUUUUGAUCUACCGUUAAAAACUGUAGAAAAUAUUGAGACCGUGGAGCAAUUUUUAAGAACUGAAGAGAACUUUAAACGCUCGACUACCGAAACAUGUAAAAUAGGAGGCACCUCUCCUUACAAUUUUAUCAAACGAAGUUUGUGCCGAUUGAUUACUAAUGAACUUGCACAACAAUAUAGUUGGUUAGGUGCUAAACUCAAAAAAAAAUUUUGUAAUCUUCGAAUUACGAAAAUGUUAUUAGCUGCAGGUGCUGAAUAUUCUAAUUCGACGUACAGUGAAAUAGAACUAGAGAAGGCCAUACAGAAAUGGUUAAAAAGGGCUAAAGAACGAUAUGACGCUGAAAGAAAAAAACUUGAAGCACAUGAAAAUCGCCGAUUGUUGUAGACAUUGUAACAUUUCUUACAAUUUCUAGAACCAUAGAAAAUCUGCUGGAGUUAAUACAAGGGGAAUCAAAAUUCUUUCAGAAGUGAUAGCGGACAACGUACAAUUGCAGUGAAACUACUUUCACUUUAUAGAUAUUAAUAUAAAUAUAAGUGAUUUCUAAACACCACUUAUAGUUUCAAUCCAAAGUUAUCCAAAGUUAUAAGUCCACUUAUAGUUUCAUUCAAUUACGAAAUAACGUAAGAAGACUGAUUUGCUCUUAUUUUUGUUACUUAUAUAACUUAUACAUACAUACAUAUAUUUAUACAUGCGCGCGUGUGUAAGGUAAGGUUGCCGAAAUUGCACCACUUUUGAAAUAACUAAAUUAUAAUAAAUAUAUAUUUUUAAGUUCUAUUUGUUAAGUUUUAUUAAGUUGAAUUUUUAGGCGAUGUGGUGUGAUUCAGGAGCCGGUGCGGCAACCUUCCCCUAUAUGUAUGUAUUUAUAAAUUUCUACAACUAGUUAUGCUACGACGCAUAGAAAAAUAUUAAACUCGUUAAGAAAGUGCAAAGAUUUUAUUCUGAUAUUUUAUAAAUAGUAAAGAUAAAAAGAUUAAAAGGUUGUGAACGUUGUUUAUUUUGUAAAAGAUCGCACUGCGCAUAUCUUAAUGUUACGUUCGUUUUUAUUUUUUAUUUCGCAUAUGUAUAAUCAAAUAACGAAAUAUAAUUUCUGCAGUUAAACCAUGUGCAAACUCAAUUGAGUGAAAGACUGUCCAUUAUUACAUUAAAAAUUUGUGUGUACAGUUAUAUAAUAUGUAUAUGCAUAUAUAUAUAUAUAUAAUAUAUA